GCUCGGCUCGGCUCGGCUCGGCUCGGCUCGGCUCGGCUCGGCGCGGAGCGGCGCGGUCGGGCGCGGAGCGGAGCCAGCGGCCCCUUCCCGGCCCCUGCCCGGCCGGGCCAUGCUCUAGCGGUGCCGGUACCGGGGCGCGGGGCCGAGCGGGGCGGCGGCGGAGCGGGGCAGCGGCCACCCCCCGCGCCCCCUGCCCGGAGCGCGGCCGGGACGGGAGCAUGCGGAUCCUCUUCCUCUGCCUUCUGACUCUCGCUGAUACCCACGGGCAAGUUGCGCAGACCCGGUUCGUGGAGGAGCCAGAGGACCAGACGGUGGUGGCCGGCCAGAGGAUCGUCCUCUCCUGCGUGGUGCUCAAUUACUCCGGGAUCGUGCAAUGGACCAAAGACGGCCUCGCCCUGGGGAUGGGGCAGGGGCUCAAAGCCUGGCCGCGUUACCGCAUCGUGGGCACGGCCGACUCGGGCCAGUACAACCUGGAGAUCACUGACGCCGAGCUCUCCGAUGACGCCGUGUACGAGUGCCAGGCCACCGAGGCCGCGCUGCGGUCCCGCCGGGCCAAGCUCACCGUGCUGAUCCCCCCCGAGGACCCCACCAUCGAUGGAGCCCCCGAGAUCCUGCUGCGCGCGGGGACACCGUACAACCUGACCUGCCGGGCACGCAGCGCCAAGCCGGCGGCCACCAUCGUCUGGUACCGGGAUGGGCUCCAGCAGGACGGAGCUGUCACCAGCACGGAGGUGUUGGCCGACGGCAAGCGGGAGACGACCACCAGCCAGCUCGCCAUCAACCCGACCGACCUCGACAUCGGGCGGGUGUUCUCCUGCCGCAGCACCAACGAUGCCAUCCCGGCGGGCAAGGAGACCUUCAUCAAGCUCAACGUUCACCAUCCCCCGACUGUCACCCUGUCCAUCCAGCCCCAGACGGUGCAGGAGGGCGAGAGGGUCGUGUUCACCUGCAUGGCGACCGCCAACCCCGAGAUCAAAGGCUACAGGUGGGCCAAGGGGGGGGUGAUCAUCGAGGAUGCCAAGGAGAACAAGUACGACACGCAGGUGGAUUACACCUUCUUCACGGAGCCCGUCUCCUGCGAAGUGCAUAACGACAUCGGCAGCACCAACGUCAGCACGCUGGUGGACGUGCACUUCGCCCCUCGGAUCGUGGUGGACCCCAAACCCACCGUCACAGACAUCGGCUCCGACGUGACGCUGACAUGCGUGUGGUCCGGCAACCCGCCGCUGACCCUCACCUGGACCAAAAAGGAGUCCAACAUGGUUCUGAGCAACAGCAACCAGCUGUACCUGAAAUCCGUCACGCAAGCCGACGCGGGGCAGUACGUCUGCAAAGCCAUCGUCCCCCGCAUCGGCGUGGGCGAGCGUGAGGUCACCCUCUUCGUCAACGGACCCCCCAUCAUCUCGAGCGAAGCCGUGCAGUACGCGGUGCGCGGGGACCGCGGCAAGGUGGAGUGUUUCAUCGGCAGCACGCCACCCCCGGACCGCAUCGCGUGGGCCUGGAAGGAGAACAUUUUGGAGGCAGGGACGCUGGAGCGGUACACGGUGGAACGAACUAACACGGGCAGCGGGGUCCUCUCCACCCUCACCAUCAACAACGUCAUGGACGCCGACUUCCAGACGCGCUACAACUGCACGGCCUGGAACAGCUUCGGGCCGGGGACCGCCAUCAUCCAGCUGGAGGAGAAAGAGGUCUUGCCCGUGGGCAUCAUCGCCGGUGCCACCAUCGGGGCCAGCAUCCUCGUCAUCAGCUUCCUCGUCGCGCUCGCCUGCUUCCUCUACCGGCGCCGGAAAGGAAGCCGCAAGGACGUCACCCUGCGCAAGCUGGACAUCAAGGUGGAGACGGUGAACAGGGAGCCGCUGACAUUGCACGCGGACCGUGAGGAGGACACGGCCAGCGUCUCCACGGCCACCCGCGUCAUGAAGGCCAUCUACUCGUCGUUCAAGGACGACGUGGACUUGAAGCAGGACCUUCGCUGUGACACUGACACCCGUGAGGAGUACGAGCUCAAGGACCCCACCAAUGGCUACUACAACGUCCGCGCCCACGAGGACCGCCCGUCCUCCCGCACCGUCCUCUACGCCGACUACCGCAACCCCGGCCCGGCGCGCUACGACACCCGCCCGCCCUCCCGCCUCUCGCACUCCAGCGGCUACGCUCAGCUCAACACCUACAGCCGCGGCCCCGCGUCCGACUACAACGCCGAGGCGGCGCCGGGUCCCGGCCCCCCUCCCGGUACGGCGGGCGGUGAGACGGCAAGCCAGCUCUCCUACGAGAACUAUGGGAGUCACGCCGCUUUCCCGGCCGGCGCCGGUUAUGCCACCUACCGCCUGGGGUACGGUCAGCCCCCCAGCCUGGACCGGGCACCCUACGAUGCCUACGACCCCAUGGGCAAGUACGCCAGCGCCACCCGCUUCUCCUACACCUCCCAGCACUCGGACUACGGGCAGCGCUUCCAGCAGCGGAUGCAGACGCACGUCUAGGGCGGGCAGGGGCUGGCAGGCAGCGCCGAAGGAGGGGGGUGCAGGCAGCGGGGGUCCCCAGGUACCUCACGACUGUCCCCUGAUAUUCAGGGGCUCAUCCUGACCCUCCUGCCCCGCUUCUCCUCCGGCGGCUGGACUCCACGUGCCGUGCCACCCCCCCCCGACGGGGUUUGCUGGCAGCGGGGACGCGCCCCGAAUCUCUUCGAGCUUCCACUCAUUCAGUUCUUUCUUUUCGGUACCUUCCCGGAGGAAGGAGAGGGUUGGGGGGCAUCCUGCCCCCCUGUGCCCACCCCGUCCCCCCCGCCCAGUCCCACCCAGCCUCAGCGGGUGCGUGCGGGUCCGCGCGGCUGUCGGGGCCGGCUCUGCAGCCUCCGCUCUCCCGCCGCUCCGGCUCCCCCCUUCCCUGAGAUCCACGGGGCCGGAUCCUUCCCCGACGGGUCCCCAGCGCCCCCAAACCAGCACCCGCCUCUCCCUCCUCUGCCAGAGCGAGGGGCUGCACACGAGGUGUCCUCAGAACCCCCCCCAUUCCCGUCCAGACCCCCGUGCGAGGGAGCAGGGCGGUGCUAUAUGUGCGUAUAUACGUGUCUGUAUGUACGUACAUAAAAGCAAUGCCUGGUUUCUGGCUUUGCCCAAAAAAUCCCCGUCCCAGCCCGUUCCCAUUCCCUGUGCCUUGACUUCCGUCCCACCUGCCCACAGCCCCCGCACCCACCCUCGGAGCCGCGAGCAGGGGGUGCCCCAGGGGUCCCGGGGGAUCGGGACCGGUGAGCUCAGACCAGCAGACCCCCGGCAUGUCCCCCCCCACACCAUACGCACACCCGUACCCGUGGGACAGGCAGCGGCGGGUUUCCAUCCCGCUGCCAUCAGCCUGACCCCGAGCAACGCCCUGUUGGACCAGCCGGCACCAUCCCGGCACCGCCGCCGGUGCGGGGAUGUGGGGUGGUCCCUCUUAUGAAUGUAUAGAAAGACGUAUAGAAGGGGUGUCAGCACCCUCCCAGUCACCAGCAAGCGUUCCCGCUCCGCAGCCCCGUUCCCGGCACGCUCCCGUUCCGGCCCCAAGGGUUUGGCGAAUGUUUUGAGCCGCGGCAAACCAAACCAAACCAAACCAAACCAGCCGGGAGCGGGAGCACGGCCGGUUCCCCAGCUCCGGGGACUGGGAGGUACUGGGCAGCCAGGGCAACGGGGACCCCAAUUUCACCGGCGGGUGGUGACGGGUGUUGGAAGGAGGGCAGCAGCACGGGGGUGGGGAACCCCUCCCGGUCACCCUGGGGGUUUGGUACGAAACGCCACCCCACGCGCACCCACCCCGACGGGCUGGAUCCGGCCCCGCGGCGAGCGGGUACGAUUGCGGAGGGCUGCCGGGUUGGGGAAGGGGCCAGCAGAACCGUGCUGCCAACGCAGCCCCAGCGGCACGGCCUGGGGGGAUCCUCUGCCCCCCUCUCCUUUCCCCCCCCGACCCCCCUAAAAAGGUACUGUCAGGACGGGCCAAACCCUGGAAGGUGCUGAGCCCGCGCCCAGCCUGAGCCUCCGACUGCAGGACUGCGUGCCAUUUGCAAUGGUGCCUGAUUUAACCCCCCCCCCGACACCCUCCUCCUCGCCCUGUGCCCCCCCUUUUGGGGACAGCCCCAUCUCGGGGAGGGGGGGGGUCCCGCCCCAGGUGCUGCACCCCCACAUCGAUAGCAAUAGCCACGGUGGCAGCCACCCCAGCCACCCCCGGGUGCCGGGAAUCGAAGCCGAAGCUUUAAAUUAAACCCCCCCACGCCCGGGGUGGGAACGGGGCCCCCCCCAAAGCCACGGCCGAGCCCCCCGGCACCGGGCGAGCGGGUCCCUUCCCCAGCACAGGCUGUUUUAGACCCCUAGAGACACGUAUCUGUGACCCCCCCCACCCUACCCCAACCUCCCAUUUUUUAUUUUUCAUUUUCCUUUUUUUUUUUUUAAAUAUUAUGUACUAUAUUUUUAGUCUUAAA